AAGAGACGGACAAAUGAAUGGCGCGUCAAGCCUCGCGGGAAGAGGGCAGAGCGAAGUUCACCGUGCGGCCACCAUAGGGCGCGUCUCCUGUGACGUCUGAUGGCGGAGGCCCCAGGGACCCUCGGGCUCGCGGCCUGCGGGGAGCGCACACUGGUGACCCUAGGUGGGGCGCUGGUCACGUCGGCAGCCGGCUUGCUUUCUCUUCUGAAGUCGUCUUUUUAACCCCCGACGUGUAUAACGCAAGUCCAGUACGACCAGAGACUACUUCAUUAAUUCCCCCUUAGCAGCGCCACUUCGUAAGCACUCAACUACCAGGUGCCUGAAAUGCCGGAAGUAACCAGCUCCGGAGUGAAGUGAGGACGGCUGAGGAGCGCCGGGAGCGACAGCCGGACCACUGUUAGCUUUUCUGUCUGACCCGGCUUAGCUCAUGCCUCACCGCCGCACGAGGUACAUAUGCUAGAGUGCUGCUCAGAUGAAGAAGCUGAGGCGCAGGGAGGAUAAUUUGCUCAAAAUCACAGAAUGACGAAAAGCAAGACUAAAAGUCGAGUAACUGUCUCGAUACAGUAAUUGCAAUAAGAGUUUUGUCACUGGACAGGGUCCGAGGAGGGCCCAAACCGAGAUAUAAAUCUAACCUAGCUUACCUGUAGAAUGUUUGCAGGUUGGCUGACACCUCUCUGGGAAAAAGAAUUUUCAAGACAGGUCAGAAAGAAGCAUGGUGAUUUUUUUAGGAGGUUAAAUGGUGAACAUUGCAACCUCGUGCAGGUCCUUGGGAGAGAAUGAUCCUUAUUUUUCUGAAGCUGGAAACAUUUAUGCUUUUGUAGGGGCUAGGAGCGAAAUAGCCCACCUCCAGGAGGGGGCUGGCCCAUAUUACAGAUAUAAGCCCAGCUGUUUUUGUUGUUACUUUGUUUUACUUUUUAAAUGGAUAAUUUAAGCAUUCUUUCAGUUCUCUCAAUCUGUUCCCAUUUUAUGAUGAGGGUCCUGCUCCUUCCUCUCUCUCUCAGUGAGGCCAGUCCAUCGACUCUCAGUGUUCCUGAGAGAUUUGGAUGCGCUGUGAGGAGUGUGGAAGGAAAGGAGCCUAAAUUUAACCGGGCUAAUUCUGAUAUGGAUCACCUCGUGACUUGAAUGGGUUAAAGAAAUUGCAGUCUUAAAAAUGCAAUUUUUUGGUUAUGAUUUCUUUUCUAGGUUUUGUUUCUUCAAUCCCACUCAGUUAUUAGUUUAAAGAGGUUGUGGUAGGUGUAACUGUGGUCCGAUUUCCAGUAAUUAGUAGACUAGAAAUUCUGCUGCCUCUCUUUGAUUGCUCUUGGGAGAGCCACAUGUCCUCAAGGCUUUGUGGAUGUUGCAGAUACCUUCUGAGUCUUUACCUUCUGCCUCUUUAGCAUAUCAUGCUACUGGAAAUUACUGCAUUGUCUGCAAAGGUGUGAAGAAUGCCAGCGAUGCCAGAAGAUAAACCUUGAUGAAUAAUGGAAAAUAAGUGAGAUGCCAAAUCAAAAAGAGAACUAAAUCCAAGAGAUGUUUCUAUGUGUAGAAACUGAACUUCAGAGCUGGGAGGGAACUUAAAAGUUGGUCAUAAAAAAAUACAAACCAAACCGGAGCUAACCAGUUGCGUUUUUUCAUUUUAGCAUAGAGGAGGCAGAUCUGAAAGAGAUUCAGUGAUGUACCCCAAAUUGAUCAGUCUUAAAAACUGAUCAUAGUGUCCAAGCUUGAUGUGGUUUAGCUUUGUGUAUUAACAUCAGACAUUCCAUGUCCCAAAAUAUGACCAUAUGUUGUGUCUCCAUCGGGAAGCUCCUUGAUUUAGUGGCAAAAGCAGCUGCCCUGGGAGGAUCCUGGCUUGAAAGCAGACCUCAUUUCCAAUUGUGUUCUACUUCACAGAGUCAUUGGUCACAUAACCUGAGGCCUCAGACUUCAUUGGAGGAAAUGUUUUGUGGCAGGCCACGCGGCAGACAUGGUGAACAUCAAGGCCUUCACGUUAGUCUCUGCUGUCGAGCGGGAGCUGCUGAUGGGCGACAAAGAGCGCGUCAACAUUGAGUGCGUGGAGUGUUGUGGCCGGAACCUCUAUGUGGGCACCAGUGACGGCUUCAUCUACCACUUCCUGCUGGAGGAGAAGGCUCUGCCCACGGGCACCACCACCUUCACGGCCACCAAGCAGCUGCACAGACAUUUGGGAUUCAAGAAGCCGGUGAGCGAGCUGCGUGCGGCCUCGGCCCUGGACAGGCUGCUGGUACUCUGUGACAGCUGCAUCUCCCUGGUGGGCAUGCACAGCCUGGAGCCCGUGCCCUCUGGUGCACGCAUUAAGGGCGCCUCCACCUUUGCACUCAACGAGAACCCCGUGGGCGGGGACCCGUUCUGUGUGGAGGUCUGCAUCCUCUCGGUCAAGCGCAGAACCAUCCAGGUGUUCCUGGUCUAUGAGGACCGUGUGCAGAUUGUCAAGGAAGUGUCCACGCCGGAGCAGCCCCUGGCCGUGGCUGUGGAUGGCCACUUCCUGUGUCUGGCCCUGAGCACGCAGUACAUCAUCCUCAACUACAGCACAGGCCUCUCGCAGGACCUGUUUCCCUACUGCAGCGAGGAGAAGCGGCCGAUCGUCAAGAGGAUUGGCCGGCAGGAAUUCCUGCUGGCUGGCCCAGGCGGCCUGGGCAUGUUCGCCACCGUGGCUGGGAUAUCCCAGCGGGCCCCUGUACACUGGUCGGAGAACGUGAUCGGCGCAGCUGUGUGCUUCCCGUACGUGCUCGCGCUCGAUAGCGAGUUCAUCACGGUGCACAGCAUGCUGGACCAGCAGCAGAAGCAGACCCUGCCCUUCAAGGAAGGCCACAUUCUACAGGACUUUGAAGGAAGAGUGAUCGUUGCCACGAGUAAAGGAGUCUACAUCUUGGUCCCAUUACCUCUGGAAAAACAAAUACAGGAUCUGCUGGCCAGCCGCAGAGUGGAGGAGGCUUUGGUCUUGGCAAAAGGCGCACGGAGGAACAUUCCAAAGGAAAAAUUUCAGGUGAUGUACAAAAGGGUUCUGCAGCAGGCCGGCUUCAUCCAGUUCGCUCAGCUUCAGUUCCUGGAAGCAAAGGAGCUCUUCAGAAGCGGGCAGCUCGACGUCCGGGAGCUGAUCUCCUUGCACCCCUUCCUGCUGCCCACGUCCUCCUCCUUCACCCGCUGUCACCCUCCACUGCACGAGUAUGCUGACCUGAACCAGCUGACACAGGGCGAUCAGGAGAAGAUGGCCAAGUGUAAGCGCUUCCUCAUGAGUUACCUGAACGAGGUCCGCAGCACCGAGGUCGCCAAUGGCUACAAGGAGGACAUCGACACGGCCCUGCUCAAGCUGUAUGCAGAGGCCGACCACGACAGCCUGCUGGACCUCCUGGUGACCGAGAACUUCUGCCUCCUGACGGACAGCGCGGCCUGGCUGGAGAAGCACAGAAAGUACUUUGCACUGGGACUGCUCUACCACUACAAUAACCAGGAUGCCACUGCGGUUCAGAUGUGGGUGAACAUCGUGAAUGGAGACGUCCAGGACGCCACGCGCGCAGACCUGUACGAGUACGUCGUGGACUUCCUCAGCACCUGCGCCGACCAGCAGCUGGUGUGGGCCCAUGCCGACUGGGUGCUGCAGAGGAGCCAGGAGGUUGGAGUUCAGGUCUUCACCAAGAGACCCCUGGACAAGCAGCAGAAGAACAGCUUUAAUCCAGACGACGUCAUCAGCUGCCUCCAGAAGUACCCCACAGCCCUGGUCAGAUACCUGGAGCAUCUGGUGGUGGACAGGAGUGAGCAGAAAGCGGAGUACCACACUCACCUGGCCGUGCUCUACCUGGAAGAGGUGCUGCAGCAGAGGGCAGCCCCCAGCCACAGCGACACCACAGCCACGGAGACACAGACCAAGCUGCGGCGCCUGCUCCAGAAAUCUGACCUGUACAGGGUGCACUUCCUGAUGGAGCGGAUCCGGGGCGCCGGGCUGCCUGUGGAGCGCGCCAUCCUGCACGGGAAGCUGGGCGAGCACGAGCAGGCCCUGCGCGUCCUGGUGCAUGAGCUCGGGGACCCGGCGGCUGCCGAGGACUACUGCCUAUGGGGCUCUGAGGGCCGGGGCGCCGCCUGCCGCCAGCACCUCUUCCACACGCUGCUCACCAUGUACCUGCAGGCCGGGCCUGCGGCUCCUGAGCUCGCUGUGGCUGCCGUGGACCUGCUGAACCACCACGCGGGGGAGUUCGAUGCUGCGCAGGUGCUACAGCUGCUGCCCGGCUCCUGGUCAGUUCAGCUGCUCCACCCCUUCCUCACGGGAGCCAUGCGCGGCAGCAUCCACGCUGGGAGGACCGCGCAGGUGGCACUUGGCCUGGCCAGGUCGGAAAACCUGCUGUACACAGCCGACAAGAUGAAGCUGAAAGGCCGUGCCAUCCGGCUCUCGGACCAAAAGCUCUGCCAGCUGUGCCAGCAUCCCUUCACAGAGCCUGUGUUCGUCCGGUACCCAAACGGGGGGCUCGUGCACCCCCACUGUGCCGCCAGCAGACACCAGGCCCCCAACUCUCCCAGCCCUGGCACCCGGACUUGAAGAGCUGUGCUUGAAGGUGCGAGGGUGCCAGAGUUCUCGUCCACACCUGCUGGACACAGAGCAGGCGGCCGCACACCAGUGCCAGCGCAGAGGGUGGUGUCGGGUGCUGGGAGACGUCUGCUCUGAGAGCCAGGGCCCCUCCCUGCCAAGCGCUCUGUGACCAAGAGCACAACUCUGGGACAGUGAGGGCUCCCUGUGCAGUGCCGUCCUCCAAAGCCAGAACAAGCAGCAGCCAAUGUCCCCACCCAGGUGGCUCCACCACCCCCAGUGGCCAGCCUUGGGGACGAGACGUGUGUUCCUCCUUCCCUCGGUGCCUGCCUGGUCACCAAGCACUACUGUGUGUCUGGCUGCCUGGCAAGCGGAGCUGUGUGUAGGACCUGCGGGAGCCCCAUGGCAGCAGCGGCAAGGCAGGCUCCUGUCGGUCAGUGUGGGCUCACGGAAGACUGUGGUGUGACCCUGUGCAGACAGGCAUUUGUAUCUGAACUUGUAGCACCUUUGUAGAUUUUCUUGAGUUGGAAAAUUCACCUGCCACGUUCACUAGGGAUGCUUCUCUCAGUCAAAUGUGCCUCCUCCCAAAGACCUGGGAGCCAGAGAGACGGGCACAGAGUGAGCAUGCCUCGCAGGAGGGCCAGGGCCGGGACUGGGGCUGGGGCGGCGCUGCCCUGCAGGGGAGCCUGCUGCUGGGCUCUGUGCAGUUGGGGGGGUCCGGCCAGGCCGCCUUAGCUCCCCUCACCUCUGUGCCUGCCCCGAGGGCCCCUGAGUCCACAGAAAGCGGCCUCUGCCCUUCCUGUGGGGUUCCUUGUGUCUGUCCAUCCCUGACCCGCUGCAGCCACGGUCACUUCACUGCCCACCUGUGAGCACAUGCGCGUCUCCCCAAGGAUGGAGGCUGGGGUCCGGCAUCGGCUGGCAUGGGGGAUGAGGGCUGCACCCACCUGAGCAGCGCCUGGGCUGCAGAGACCUGCCCUCUCAGUGUCCGCUUACCUCUCAGUCUUCGAGUGAGCCGAGAAGAUGAAGAUGAAGCUCUCCCCAUUGCUGUGCGCUGCGCAAGCCAGGGUGGGUUCGUGGCCCGGCUGCGGACUCCCUGUGGACUAGGGCUAUUACAGAGUGUGCGCCUUGCCCAGAUGUCACCGGCUCGGCCACGGCAUGGGGCUUGGGUUCCUCAGAGAGCACGUUAAUGUCCAUGCAACAUUGCACUUUCAAAACCUCUGUUCCUUCCCUACACAAAGUGGGUCUAAUCUCGACAAAGGCUUGUGGCUGCCCAUUGGUAACAUGGGCACCCCUGUCUGUCUGAACCCGGAGCAUUACUGUGAAGCAGACGGCGUCCUUCCCAGGGUGGGAAUGGGCGCUUCCCAUCAGCUGGUGGGCGUGCUGUCGUGUGCGUGAGGACCUGUGUCCCUGGUGUUGGUCACGCGCGGGAGGUCUUUUGGUCCGGCCCUGUUUUUCAGGUCUGCUCUAUGGUUGCCCUUCGCAGAGCACGGGAGCUGUUGUCAGGGCUCCACCAGCUGCUCUGGUACAGUGGCGUGAGCAGAGCUCGGCUGGCACGGCCGGUCCCUGGGCAGUACUGCAUAGCUUAGGAGCUAUUCGCUCUGCUGCGUGCCGAGUCCUAGCAGAGGAGCCGGGGCUGCGGGCUGGAGCACAGAGCCAAGAGGUGUGGGUGGCGACCGCAGGGGCGGCACUGGCCUGUCUUUCCUUUCCCCUGGGCCCUUUUGUCCUUGGACCUGUAUCCUUCAUCUCUUUGGGCCCCAGAUAUUCAACCUGUACAAAUGUA